UCUUGCGUAGUUACAUACGCGCGUGCAUGUACAACAUUGAACCCGAAGGAUUAAGAAAUAGAAUGCAGGUUUGCAUGGCGUAGAUUUCUAUAUGUUAAGCUGUGUUAAUCUAAUGACAAUAAAGAUUAACUGACAUAAAAAGCUGAUCGGCGAUAUGGUAAAUAAUCGCUUUGUGUUCUGUAUUGCAGAUCAUUUAAACUUUCUUUCUGCGAGACUUUCAAACCAGACAAGGGGAAAACGGAACUUUAAGGACUUUUCAUAGGAAUAUGUAGACUACGGAAAUUUGUGAUAGAAAGAAGAACAAACAGAUGGAUGAGAUUGCCUGGGUCUGUCUAUUUUUUCCUUCAAUCAGAUAAACCCAACCGACUGUCAUGACGGAACUUGUGGAAAAAGUUCCUGUUAAGGAAACAGAUGACGAAGAUGAAAGACGAGGGAGUAACGUCUCAAUGGAUUCCUUCACCUCCAGCAGUAAACUGAGGCCCUCCCUACGAGGAAGUGCCAAAUUCAAAAGAAUCUCCUCCGCUGCCAAUAGCAGCAGUUCCAUGGAGGACAAAAUGCUGGCAUUGAAUGCCUUGCUGUCAGACAGUUUACUUAUUACUGAGUUUCGAAAUGGUGAAGGCAGCAGACACAGUAAAUCGGACGCAGAUGAUGAUGAUACGUUGAAAGAUGAGUUUGGAGAUGAUGUGAGCGACGAUGACUUCGAGGAACUUCCGGAAGAUGGACGAGUCUCCAAGGAUGACUAUGACACUGAUCUAGAUAUGGACUAUGACGAAUGGAUUAACGAGGAAAAGAGAGAAAUUGAGAAUGACAAAACAGGAGAAAAGAAAUACCUCCACAUCUGUGAGGAGACGGGGGUCAUCCCUGCGUCCUAUUUCCUCAAUAACAUCCAGGAGAAAGAAUUUACCAUGAAGUAUCACGGAUUGGGUCCAAAUGGUGCUAAGGCCAUUGCUUGGCCUCUAAAGACAAAUAAAAAGAUUGAGAAAAUAAACCUUGAAGGCAAUUGGAUAGAAGCCGAGGGGUCCAUAUACCUGGCGAAAAUGUUGAAAAACAAUAUUUAUGUAACAGAAUUGCACUUAGCUGAGAAUAGAAUAGGCAACGAGGGAGCAGAGGCAAUAAGUGAUAUGCUACAGAAAAAUGACAUGAUAUAUUCUCUAGAUCUCUCGGGGAAUAAUAUAGAGGACUAUGGUGCUGAGAAAAUAUGUAGAAUGCUAUUGAAAAAUUCCUCGAUCAAACACUUGUACCUUGCCAAUAAUAACUUUGAGGAGAGGGCAGCAGGCUGGCUUCGGGAGGUGUUGAUCACCAAUGAAACAUUGGAAACCGUAGAUCUCAGCUGGAAUCACCUGAGAACUAGAGGGGCCGUUGCUAUAGCCGAGGGUGUGCAGGAAAAUUAUGGUUUGAGAGUACUGAAUCUAGCCAUGAAUGGCUUUGCGCAAGACGGAAGUGAGGCGAUGGGAAAAGCCUUGAAGAAUAACCGGACAUUACUAGAGCUGGAUCUCAGUCAUAACCGGAUCCCCGAGGCUGGGGCUGCAGCCAUCAGUCAGGGUCUACAACAUAAUGACACUUUAAAGGUUCUCAGGAUGGCUUCCAAUCCUUUGGGAGGUGAUGGCCCUCUUCAACUGCUGAAUGUGAUUUCUAACAACGACAUGAGUGAGAUUCGUGUCCUAGAUCUAACUGAUGUCUUGGUUACACCGGCUUUUAAGGAGUUACAAGAAACUUUAGAAAAGGAACGAAUCCUAACGGUUCAUUACGGUAACAUAGUGGGUGAAGUGUUCGACUUCAGCUCAAUCAGAUAUGAUGAUCCAUUCUGCGAAUUCCGUCGUGAUCCAAUGGCACUACUCAUUGAAUACUGUAAAGAUGCUGGAUAUAGACUGGUGGACCUAUUCAAUGAUUUUGAUAGGGAUGGGAACCAAUUGAUCUCCAAAGAAGAGUUUAUCAUGGGGAUCAAAAAAGCUGGUGUUAAGAUAAGUAUUCGACAACUAGAAAUUUUGAUGGAGGGAUUGGACAUAAACAAAGAUGGCUCCAUCGAGUACAGUGAACUGGUCAUCGGAGAAAAGGAGCACACAAAAAAGAAAAUGAAGCUGGCUGCGGAAGCAAAGAAAUCUGGAAGAAAUGUUUCCAGUACACAACUUAUAGACGAGGACUAUCUAAAGAGAAUGAUUAACGAAAAUUAUGCAUAGACAUAAAAUUAUCCUCUUGCUGGGAAGAACAUUUUAGAAAAAUCAAUCAUGUUUCAAUGUUAUUUCUUUUGUUCAAUUCGUAAAACAU